AUGGAUCCCACUAUAAAUAUUUCACAGCCGUUAUCGAUUUUUUUUCUUCUUUUUCCUCAUCGUUCAAACUAUUUCCACCUUUUUCUCCUUUUUUCUAUCCUUCUUGCUAUCUUCUUCUCCAUUCCGUAUUCUUUUUAUUUUCUUUACCAUUUCUCGUCUUCCUCUGAUAUUUCCUGUUUUUUCUUCCAUUUCUUGAUCUUUUUCUUUUUCUUUCUUUCUUUUUUCUUUCUUUCUUUUUUUUCUUUCUUUUUUUUCUUUUUUCUUUCUUUGCUUCUUUCUUCUUUCUUUCUUUCUUUCUUUAACUUUUCUUUUUUGCUUCUUUCUUUCUUUGCUUCUUUCUUUCUUUCUUUGCUUUCUUUCUUUCUUUUUUUCUUUUUUUGCUUCUUUCUUUUUUCUUUGUUUUUUUCUUUCUUUCUUUCUUUCUUUUGCUUUUUUUUUUUCUUUUUUUCUUUUUUCUUUCUUUCUUCUUUCUUUCUUUUUCUUUCUUUCUUUUUCUUUCUUUCUUUUCUUUCUUUUUCUUCUUUCUUUCUUUGCUUCUUUCUUUUCUUUCUUUUUCUUUUUUUCUUUCUUUUUUUUCUUUCUUUGCUUCUUUUUUCUUUCUUUUUUUUUCUUUUUUUUUUUUUUUCUUUGCUUUUUUUUUUCUUUGCUUUUUCUUUUUUUCUUUUUCUUUCUUUCUUUGCUUUUUUCAUUUUUUGCUUCUUUUCUUUCUUUCUUUUUUUUUUUUCUUUUUUGCUUCUUUCUUUCUUUGCUUUUUUUUCUUUCUUUGCUUCUUUCUUUCUUUUUCUUUUUUCUUUUUCAUUUUUUUUCUUUCUUUUUUUUUUCUUUUUUUUUUUUCUUUCUUUCUUUUUUUUUUUCUUUUCUUUUUUUAUUCUUUCUUUCUUUCUUUUUUUUUCUUUCUUUCUUUCUUUUUUCUUUCUUCUUUCUUUCUUUCUUUUUUUUUCUUUCUUUCUUUUUUGCUUCUUCUUUCUUUCUUUCUUUGCUUCUUUCUUUUUUCUUUUCUUUCUUUCUUUUGCUUUUUCUUUUUUCUUUCUUUGCUUCUUUCUUUUUUUCUUUUUCUUUCUUUGCUUCUCUUUCUUUUUGAAGAUUUUUCUUUCUUUGCUUCUUUCUUUCUUUCUUUUAUAUUUUUUUUUUGCUUCUUUCUUUCUUUGA